CCCCCGCGCGCCCCCCGCGCCUAGCUUGCGGGGGGGCCGGGCCUGCGGGCGGCCGGCGCUGCGCGCACCCAUGGACGGUCCGGCCAUCAUCACCCAGGUGACCAACCCCAAGGAGGACGAGGCCCGAUCUCCCGGCGCGGGCGAAAAAGCCUCCCAGCGCAGCCUCAGCCUGAAGAAGCAGAGGGGCCGUAGCAUCCUCAGCUCCUUCUUCUGCUGCUUCCGGGACUACAAUGUGGAGGCGCCCCCGCCCAGCAGCUCCAGUGUGCUACCGCCGCUGGUGGAGGAGAACGGUGGGCUUCAGAAGGGUGACCAGAGGCAGGUCAUUCCCGUACCAAGCCCACCAGCUAAAUCCCUCCUUCCAGAGGUGACGGUGCUCGACUACGGGAAGAAAUGUGUUGUCAUUGAUCUGGACGAAACCCUGGUGCACAGUUCAUUUAAGCCCAUUAGCAAUGCUGACUUCAUCGUUCCGGUUGAAAUCGAUGGAACCAUACACCAGGUGUACGUGCUGAAGCGCCCACACGUGGACGAGUUUCUCCAGAGGAUGGGACAGCUCUUUGAGUGUGUGCUUUUUACUGCCAGCUUGGCCAAGUAUGCAGACCCCGUGGCUGACCUCCUGGACCGCUGGGGCGUGUUCCGGGCCCGACUCUUCAGGGAAUCCUGUGUUUUCCAUCGUGGGAACUACGUGAAGGACCUGAGCCGCCUGGGCCGGGAGCUGAGCAAAGUGAUCAUCGUGGACAAUUCCCCUGCCUCCUACAUCUUCCAUCCGGAGAACGCAGUGCCUGUGCAGUCCUGGUUCGAUGACAUGACGGACACGGAGCUGCUGGACCUCAUCCCGUUCUUCGAGGGCCUGAGCAGGGAGGAUGACGUAUACAGCAUGCUGCAUAGACUCUGCAGCAGGUAGCCCCGGCCUCGGGGCCUCGGGGCUCUGCCGUCCCCACCUCUGCAUUCGGGAGCCCCCGGCUCAGGGGACCCUCCCGGCCUCGGCUCCUCGAGAGCAGCCUGAGAAGACUCCAUGCUCUGGGCCACAGGGUGAAUGUCGCCAUGCCUACCUGUUUUGUUUUGGUUUUUUUUUUUAAGAACAGAAACAACUAUUUUAAAGAAAAAAAAACUCUUUUAAUAGAUUUCAUAAAAGGACAUGCAUUUUACCAGAUUCGAUUUUCUUAAAACAUACCAAAAAGGAAAAAAAAAAACACCUUGGUAUCUUUCAGAUGUCCUUUCAACUGUCCUCCCUCUAAGAGACAGCCUGUCCCCUUUGUCCCGGUUUGGAGCAGCUGGCCCAACUCAGAAUCUUUCCUACAGGAUGAAGUGCCUUUUUGAAUGUUAUUUUAAGCUGAGAGUUAAUUUUUGUAUACAACCUAUUUCCAGACAUCUUUUAGUCUUUUACUGUCUUAGGUACUCUAAGACGACAAACAGGACAAUUUUCUAGAACCUGGUAGCCUGUGUGCGGUGGGGUGAGGGUGUGGCCAGGGAGGAAGCGGCCACAGGAGCCUGCCUCCCAACAGGUGCAACCGUCAGCCUGUGGCAUGGGCGGGGUCCCGCUCCCACUGACCGGGGUUUUCUCGAGAUUGUCACUGUCCCUACUCGUUUCUGGCCGAUUCGGAGUGUACCUGCCAAUGGCCCGACGCUUUGUGAGACAUCCGAUUCCUUUCAGUAUGAUUUCUGAUGUUGACAAAGUUUGUCUUGAGGUUGCAUUUUCCCCUUGAACGGUGACCUUACGUCGCUCUGCUUUCCCGCAACUGUCUCGUCUGUCCAAUGUUUUUCUGUUGUCAUUGGUUUGAGGAGAAUAGUUACAGAAAACCCUAAAACCCUUGGACUGUCCAGCCUUCCCUUCGGGAAGCUGGGUACACAUGGAGCUGUUGGGGACUCUGCUGCUACCGCGCUGCCACCAAAUGGAACUGACCAGCGGCUGCUACACUGUUCUUCGCCGUCGUGCCUGCGUUCAGAAUACGCUCACCGCUAAACUGCACACUUGGACAGGGUCAGAAACAGGUGCCCCGCCCGACCCACCAAGCCCGGCACCAACUGUCUCCCUUCCUUGGCCCUGGCCACCAAGAAUGUCGAAGGGCGCAAGGUUUUAAAAAAAUAAAAAAUAAACCAAGGGUCAGAGCGCCGCUCGGACAUGGCAUUCCCCUGGCGCUGCAGUUGACACGGGAGCCUGUGGUGGAGCUCUCCAGUCUCGCUUGAGAGCCCAUGGCCUCAUCCAGCCGAACGCCACUCUGGUGUGGCCCAAGUCCGUCUCCGCCUCUUUGGAAGCGCAGCCUCUUCUAGCCAAGGGUUGGAGAAGCCUGUCUAAAUGGGAGACCCGCUCCUCCCCGGAGCCCGGCCGGGGGUCUCUUUCCGGGCGGUUCCCCGUUUGGUGUUUAGCAGUGCUGCGUUUCGUCCUAAGAAUGAAGAGUCCCGUGUGUCGGCACCGUUGCCUUAGUCCUCUGUGGGUUGGGCCUCAGCCGGAUUUCUGCUGGGAGUAGUUGGCACUAACAAGACUCAAAAAUCAGGGGUCAAAAUUACACAAGAAAACAAAAAAAUGUUUUUCUUUCACAAAACAACGAAGCCAGCUACCUGGCCUGUCUUCCCACAGUGCUUUGGUCUGGGAAACCACUGCAUUCAGAGCAGAAAUGUGGAGGAAUCAUCAGAUCUCCUGACCUUCUGAGUGUUCCAAACCCAACAAUCCCUGUGCCAAUUACAGUAGAAACUGCCCGUUUGCUAAGAAUCACCACAGAUAGCAACAGUUCCACGGCCGAUCCGCUCACGCCGUGAACCCUCAUGGAAACCAGUCAUUAGCCAAGCCCGCUGCCUCAGUGUCUUGGGUGUUGCAGUGUCUGCUGUGUGCUGAUUUCCUGGAUGAGAACCUCAGACCAUCGCCUGUGCCUCUUAAGUGUGCUGGUGUCGCCGGCCUUAUUUGGAAAAGGGGGCAGAAUGGACUGAAAUUCCAGAAUGUUUCAGAGGAAGCGAGCCUAGAAAUAGUGCUUCGCUUCAGACGGGUUCGAGGCCGACCUUGGCCUUAGAGUUCUGGAGCUGCAUGUGUCUGUGCUCUCGGGGCACAGCUUCCGGGCUGGGAGCCCUGUUCUUGCCACCACAAACAUGGAAUGUCCCGCCCCGGUGAGGGUUCUGAAAUCCACACCUUAUUUGACCAAGCUCCAAAAUGCCAAUUUUUCUUUCUUUAAAAAAAAAAACCUGCUUUAUGUACAUAAUUGAAAAAAAAUCUAUUUUUUAAUCAGUUACUUGUAAAUGAAGCAAUAGAAUUCUAACAAGGCCAAGAAAGGAGACGAAUGUGUGAGGUUUAUUUUCUUAAGGUAAAUACGGGUAUUGCUUUUAAUUUAGUUUAUUAUAAAGUGUGGGCUUGAAAACUCAUCAGCCACUUCUGUGUGCCAUAUCCUUCCCACGCCACCAAAACCCUCCAUCUCCUUAGCCAAAAGAAGCUUCUGACCUCCUGCGCCCCAUGGUCCUCUCGACCCCACGUCAGGACCGCCCUCUUGACAAGUGCUUUUGACAUGACGGUCUGGGACAGGAUGACUUGGGGCUGUGGACUCCAGCCUACACCUUUUGCAUGACCUCGAGUGGGCACCCCUGACCCCUGGUGAUGUUAGUGCUCCGUCUUCCAUCUGUUCUGGAAUCCUCCAUGUUGGUCUGUGGUUUCAUGCACUAGCUGUUUGUAAACGGCGCAUUUGUGCCUGUCACCGUUGACGUGGUGCGGUGUUGAUGAGGCUGGGGACAUGAGGAUGUCCACAUGACACUAACUCGUCGUGGUUACGGCAUUUGAAGUUGGGGUACGGAAUGAAACCUGUAAGUGUGUAUAGCCUGGCAGCGGCGUUUUACAGCCCUGUAAAAGAUGACUUUCUAAUAAAAUCUAGAAACACACAGCCCUGUUGGUCAAACACUCGUGACGUUUGUGCCUCUGCUUCUAAUGGUGCUGUGAUGGACAGCUGGCACGCCAGGGGUUGAGAAGAGCAGGUGGCCUACUGUGCGCGUGCGCGAGGUUCCCUGUGGAUGGCCUACUGUGCACGCGCGGCUCCCUGUGCAACCUUGCUGUCUGCCUCUGCUCCUGUCUUACUCGAUCUGACCAUGUCUAUCCCUGGAGCUGCCCUGAGGAUGGGUACCCAGCAGUGGUAAUGUUGGUAUUGAGGGAGUUGUGUUUUUCUGCUGGGUGUUUGAAUGCCAUGAUCCAGCGCUGCUUGGGAAAUACUACACGUGGGCUGUACACGGUUCUGAGGGCAAAGUAUUGUCAAUCACUAUUUCCCUCCUGCCAAAAAUAAACUCAUGAAACUGCA